AUGAUCCACCUCAAGAGCCAAAUUCCCCACAAUGACAUUCAAAGAGUAAUUGCCUCAUGGGGUCGACCCGACACAAUCACAGCCAAUCAAUCACACUACCCUACAGAUUUCAGCCGCGACAUCCAUCCUAUCCCCUGCCAUUCCCACAACGACUACGACCGCCGCGUCCCUCUUUACGACGCUCUCGCUGCCGGCUGCCUUUCCGUCGAAGCAGACGUAUGGUAUUCUCCCCGCGAUCUCCUUGUUGGACACUCCCUCAAUUCCCUCACCCAAUCCCGAACUCUGCAAUCCAUGUACAUCGACCCCCUGAUCUCCAUCCUCUCCCACCAAAACCCUAAAACAAUUGACGGCGUGGAGACCAACACUAGCUCCCUCCACGGCAUAUUCGACGAAAGUCCCUCCACCCCGUUGAUCCUCCUCAUCGACGUCAAAACCGACGGCGCCAAAACCUUUCCCUUUGUAGCAAAUGCACUGGAGCCAUUUCGCUCCCGCGGCUGGCUCACACACUACAACGGCUCCGCGGUCAUCCCUGGCUUGAUCACCGUGGUGGGGACGGGCAACACGCCCUUCAACCUACUCACGGCAAACACCACAUACCGGGACAUCUUCUUCGAUGCGCCCCUGGCAGACCUCUGGGGCGAAGACGCACCGGCAGAUGCUUCCCACCUCUACGACGCUACCAAUUCCUACUACGCGAGCACAGACUUCGAUAAGGCGGUCGGAAAGCUCUGGCAUGGGAUGUUGGCGCCGUUGCAAGUGGAGAGGAUCAGAGGGCAGGUUGGGGAGGCCCAAAAAAAGGGUUGA